AUGGUUGCCAAAUUCUGCCUUGUCAGCCAACCUGAGUUUCUUUCUGGCAUUGCAGUUGAAAAUGUUCAACAAGCACUUUAUGAAAAUGGAAUGGAUCAGAAUGAGAAUAAGGAAGAAUUCUAUUUUUUUGCUGAAGAAGAUCCUUAUGCUUUGGAUUCUGAAGAUGAUGGUGGCAAACUUCCUCUCACCAGCCGGCCAUCAAAGACGCCACCAAUUUAUCUCCCUCCCUCAUUUAAUCCAGCUAUUUCUGACAUAAAUCGUUCCAUCAACAUGGUUCCCUCACAUUCACUAUUCAGCCAGCUAAAUUUAGUUGAUACAUCGGAUGGCAUUUCAAUACCAUUGCAACAACCGCCUCCACCACCACCACCACCCCGACUCUCCUUAAUCAAUCAGUCUGCACCCUUGAAUACUUUGGCUUCUGCCUUUAGCGCAUUACAGCACUCGGAAUUAUCUACAGGUCUGCCAAGUGGAGUAUUGAUCAAUUCUCAUGAACCAUUGAGACACCCAUCAUCUGAGCCUAUACGAGCUACGGCUGAGCCAAGCCUUUAUUUGAACCUCGCUGUGCGCAUCAAUGUCGAUUUGGGCCGCUGUGUACUUCAUCCUAGACUUCAGUCUCCAAAUUUUCCCUCCGGAACCGGUGUUACUAUUGGUGGUGCUGGCUCUUCUAUCACAUCUUAUGCUGCUGCGUCUUCUGUGAACGUCCAAUUUCCUAACACAAUACCCAACUUAGCUUUUCCGGGGGCUAAUUCCAAUCUAUUAGGUGUCCCCAGUAUGCCAUUCCCGUUAACUAGCCAAUUAACGCGUCUUACUGGGCAGAAUCGUCACUUAUUUCGUGCAUCCGGGCUCCAGCAGCAACAACAUCUGCAACAAUUUCAAAAGCAACAGCAGCCUACUUUAAAUAACGUACAUCAGUUUUCCAUUGUGGGUGCUCCUGUCCCUGAUUAUUGCCAUCUUCCAAGCACAGUGGCUGGUGAUGCUGCUGUUGGUGCAAUGGGUGUCGUUGGUGGAGGCGGUAGUUGUGUAUGGGGGGCUUCUUUAGAGGAGGACUUUUUAGCUGCAUAUUUGGACAGAUAUCGGCGCUUUUUGACUCAUGACCCGGCACUUAAGAUGAUUGACAUCAGUGUCUUCUAUCUUCCGGCCGUCGAAAUAGAUGAUAAUAUUGAUCAAUCUGUUGGUGAGCUCCACUAUAAUUCUAAAACAGAAUUGGAUCUCUUUUCACUGGACAAACCUUUUACCAACGACUAUCUCUCAAAAGAAGAAUAUCCCCCUAUAUCACAGCCUUCUCACAAUGACCCUACUUCUUUUAUGAUAUCUUCAAUUCAACCACCUCAACAGCGCAAUUUUAGGAAGAAAGCCGAUCUAUAUGCUUCUUGCUCAUUAAUGAAGCUCCCUAAAGUAGGCAUAAUUUUCUUCACAAUUCAUUAUUAA